GACAAAGUGAUAAAAAAAUCCUAUAUAUUAAUUGACUAGCUUGGGUUCCCGGUGUUGCCUGGGUUAUUAGAGAAAGUCAGUUUUUAAUUAUACAAAAUGCAUAAGGUUGUAAGUGAACUACAACUGACAUCAUACAACCGAGAAACCCCAUCAGUACUUAAAGUUUAUGUUGGGCAAGUUUGCUCUCAUUCAGGCAUGGGCAAACCAAGGCCAGAGCUUAUCGAUACUAUAGAAUGUAUGCAAUUGGGACGCACUUGAAGUGCAAUGGCUCAAUGCUAUGUAGUCCUAGGAGCUGUAGUUUGGUGAGAUAUUGGGUGCACUCCAUUGUAGAAUUAAUACAGUUGGACUCUGCUUGGAGUGCAAUGGCUCAGUGCUAUACAGGCCUGGGAUCUGUGGUUUGGUGAGAUAUUGGGUGCACUUCCAUUGUAGAAUGAAUGCAGUUGGACACUUCCUGAAGUCCAGUGGCUCAGUGCUAUGCAGGGCUGGGAGUUGUAGUUUGGUGAGAUACUGGGUGCAACUCCAUUGUAGAAUGAAUGCAGUUGGACACUCCUUGGAGUGCAAUGGCUCAGUGCUAUGCAAACCUGGGAGCUGUAGUUUGGUGAGGUAUUGGGUGCACUCCAUUGUAGAAUUAAUACAGUUGGACACUCCUUGAAGUGCAAUGGCUCAGUGCAAUGCAGUCCCGAAAGUUAUAGUUUGGUGAGUAUUUGGGUGCAACUCCAUUGUAGAAUGAGUGCAGUUGGACACUUGUUGAGUACAAUGGCUCAGUGCUAUGAAGGCCUGGGAUCUGUAGUUUUGUCAGAUAUUGGGUGCACCUCUACUGUUGAAUACUCCUUGAAGUGCAAUGGCUCAAUGCUGUGCCGUUCUGGGAGCUGUAGUUUGGUGAGGUAUUGGAUGCACUCCAUUGUAGAAUUAAUACAGUUGGACACUCCUUGGAGUGCAAUGGCUCAGUGCUAUGCAGGCCUGGGAUCUGUAGUUUGGUGAGAUAUUGGGUUCACCUCCCUUGUUGGACAAUCCUUGAAAUGCAAUGGCUCAAUGCUAUGCUGUUCUGGGAGUUGUAGUUUAGUGAGAUACUAAGUUCACCUCCAUUGUAGAAUGAAUGCAGUUGGACACUCAUUAAAGUGCCAUGCCAUCCUGGGAGUUGUAGUUUGGUGAGUAUUUGGGUGCACCUCCAUUGUAGAAUGAAUGAAGUUGGACACUCCUUGAAGUGUAAUGGUUGAGUGCUAUGCAGUCCUGGGAGUUAUAGUUUGGUGAGUAUUUGGGUACACCUCCAUUGUAGAAUGAAUGCAGUUGGACACUCAUUAAAGUGCCAUGCCAUCCUGGGAGUUGUAGUUUGAUGAGUAUUUGGGUGCACCUCCAUUGUAGAAUGAAUGAAGUUGGACACUCCUUGAAGUGCAAGAGCUCAAUGCUAUGCCAUCCUGGGAUCUAUAGUUUGGUGAGAUACUGGGUGCAACUCCCUUGUAGAAUGAAUGCAGUUGGACACUCAUUAAAGUGUCAUGGGUCAGUGCUAUGCAGUCCUGGGAGCUGUAGUUUGGUGAGGUAUUGGGUGCAUCCCUUGAAGUGCAAUGGCUCAGUGCUAUGCAGUCCUGGGAGCUGUAGUUUGGUGAGGUAUUGGGUGCACCCCUUGAAGUGCAAUGGCUCAGUGCUAUGCAGUCCUGGGAGCUGUAGUUUGGUGAGGUAUUGGGUGCACCUCCCCUGUUGGACACUCCUUGAAGUCCAAUGGCUCGGUGCAAUGCAGUCCCAGGAGUUAUAGUUUGGUGAGUAUUUGGGUGCACCUCCAUUGUAGAAUGAGUGCAGUUGGACACUCUUUAAGUGCAAUAGCUCAGUGCUAUGCAGUCCUGGGAUCUGUAGUUUGGUGAGAUACUGAGUGCAACUCCAUUGUAGAAUGAAUGCAGUUGGACACUCAUUAAAGUGUCAUGGCUCAGUGCUAUGCCAUCCUGGGAUCUGUAGUUUGGUGAGAUAUUGCGUUCACCUCCCCUGUUGGACACUCCUUGAAGUGCAAUAGCUCAGUGCUAUGCAGGCCUGGGAUCUGUAGUUUGGUGAGUUACUAGGUGCACCUCCAUUGUAGAAUGAAUAUAUUUGGACACUCCUUGAAGUGCAAUAGCUCGAUGCUAUGCCAUCCUGGGAUCUAUAGUUUGGUGAGAUACUGGGUGCAACUCCAUUGUAGAAUGAAUGCAGUUGGACAUUAAUUAAAGUGCCAUGCCAUCCUGGGAGUUGUAGUUUGGUGAGUAUUUGGGUGCCCUUCCAAUGUAGAAUGAAUGCAGUUGGACACUCCUUGAAGUGCUAUGCAGGCCUGGGAUCUGUAGUUUGGUGAGAUAUUGGGUGCACCUCCCCUGUUGGACACUCCUUGAAGUGCAAUAGCUUAGUGCUAUGCAGGCCUGGGAUCUGUAGUUUGGUGAGAUACUGGGUGCAACUCCAUUGUAGAAUGAAUGCAGUUGGACACUCAUUAAAGUGCCAUGGCUCAGUGCUAUGGCGUUCUGGGAGUUGUAGUUUGGUGAGUAUUUGGGUCCACCUCCAUUGUAGAAUUAAUACAGUUGGAGCAGAGGCGGUCCAACCAUAAGGCGAACUAGGCAUUUGCCUGUGGCGCCAUCGACCCGGGGGCACCAUCGUCCUGGGAGGAGGGCACCACUCUCCGCCUCCUUCUCCUUCAGGUCUCCUGGCGGCCGCGCUGGGCCUCCCACUGCCCGUGCUGGGCCUUCCGGCCUUCACACCACGGGAGCCCACCUUUGGGACCUUCAGAGAUUGUGAGGUCUGUGGGAACUUGGAAGCUAGGUAUGUGGGGUUUAUAUAUCUGUAGAAAGUCCAGGGUGGGAGAAAGAAGUCUUCUUUGAAGCAGGUGUGAAUGUUGUAAUUAAUCACCUUGAUUAGCAUUUAAUGGCCCUGUGGCUUCAAGGCCUGGCUUCUUCUUGCCUGGAAGAAUCUUUUUUUGGGAGGUGUUAGCUGUCCCUGAUUGUUUACUGUCUGGAUUUCUUCUGUUUUCAGAGUGUUGUUGUUUAUUUAUUGUCCUGAUUUUAGAGAUUUUUUUAAAUACUGAGGGCUAUCUGGGUUAUCUAAGUCCACACUGCUCUAUAUCCCUGUUCAAUGUUUAGUGCUAAAUUCGCAAAUAUAGUCAUUCCUACAUAAAAUUACCAUGUAUUGAACUGCUUUUUCUAUUGAUUUGUUGUAAAACAUGAUGUUUUGGUGCUUAAUUUGUAAAAUCAUAAUGUAAUUUGAUGUUUAAUAGGCUUUUCCUUAAUCCUUCCUUAUUAUCCAACAUUUUCACUUAUCCAACGCUUUUAUUUUUCAGUGAUUGGUUUGGGGGGGGGGGGGGGCGCCAAAAUUCUGUUCGCCUACACUUGAAAAACACCUAGGGCCGGCUCUGAGUUGGAGACUCCUUGAAGUAGAAUGGCUCAGUGCUAUGCAGUCCUGGGAUCUGUAGUUUAGUGAGUUACUAGGUGCAAUUCCAUUGUAGAAUGAAUGCAGUUGGACACUCAUUAAAGCGCCAUGCCAUCCUGGGAUCUGUAGUUUGGUGAGUAUUUGGGUGCACCUCCCCAGUUGGACACUCCUUGGGUGCAAGGCUCAUUGCUAUGCAGUCAUCUCUGGGAAGAAAAGUUUCAACCCCUCCCGAUGAUUUUCCCCCCUGGCUAUAGGCCUGGAGAACUACAACUCCCAGGGCGCGAUAGCCGUGAGAACCAGUGAAGUUCCAGCGGGGACAAACCCGCCUCCUUGUCCCCGUGCGGAUGCAGCUGAGACCGAUGGGCGAGAGGCGGGCGAGGCGGGCUCCCUCCUCCCCUUUGGGGCUGGCUUUGGCGAAGGGGAAGCGGGACGAACCCGGAAAAAAAGAGGAGGCGCCGGCAAAGGAGGAGGAGGAGGAGGAGGAGGAGGAAGGAGGAGAAGAAGAAGGCCCGCCGGCCGAAGGGGGGAUGCUAGAAGAAGCCCGGAAUGCCUUAUGUGGACCGUCAGAACCGGAUUUGUGGGUUCCUGGACAUUGAGGACAAUGAGGCCAGUGGCAGGUUCCUGCGGAGAUAUUUCAUCUUGGAUACCCAAGCCAACAGCCUUCUGUGGUACAUGGACAAUCCCCAGAACUUGGCUGUAGGGGCAAAAACAACCGGAUCUUUGCAGUUGACCUACAUCUCUAAGGUCAGCGUGGCAACCCCAAAACAAAAGCCCAAAACACCAUUCUGUUUUGUUAUCAAUGCACUCUCUCGGCGCUAUGUCUUGCAAGCCAAUGACCAGAAGGACCUGCAGGACUGGGUGGAAGCAUUAAACCGAGCCAGUAAAAUUACAGUACCGAAAGGCGGAAGCUUACCCUUGACCACAGAAGUCGGGAAACGACCCUACAAGACCGAAAUCAUUGGCGGGGUGGUGGUCCAGACACCCAUCUCGGUCAACCAGAAUGGAGGGGAAGGCCCAGAAGGCAACGAACCAGCCGUGGUCCAUCCGCUUUUGAGACGGUCCCAGAGUUACAUCCCCAGCACCAAAACGCCCCUUGGGCCCCCAGUCCUCAAGAGCGGCUUCUGUGUCAAGCAAGGGAACGUGAGAAAGAGCUGGAAACGGCGGUUUUUCACUCUAGAUGAUUUUUCCAUCAGUUACUACAAGUGUGAACAGGAUAAGGAGCCAUUGCGGACCAUCCUUCUCAAAGACGUGCUGAAAGUUCACGAAUGCCUUGUCAAAUCUGGAGACCUCCUAAUGCGGGACAAUCUCUUCGAAGUCACCACAAGCUAUAGGACCUUCUAUAUCCAGGCCUACAGCCCCGAGGAGAUGCACAGCUGGAUCAAAGCGAUCGCGGGGGCGGCACAGGCACUAAAAAGCUGCCCGAGGGAAAUGUCCCUGGUGAGGUCCAUGUCCAUGAACAAACGUGGCAGCCCCUCCGCGUCCACGUCGUCCAUUGCGCGGCUGAAGCAGCUGGGAGAGGAGCCCAAAUCGCCCGGCGGCAAGAGCCCGUCCACCUCUUGCUGGCUUCCUUGGAUGCCCGUCCCGCAGUCGGAAGGGAACCAGCAGCCCGGAGCGGAGCAAAAGGCCAGUCAGUUAAAAGACUCUGAGUUUGCACCUCUGUUUUCUGAGCGAGAGUGUGGCUCGGUGCCGGCGAGGCGGCUGCGGCACAGUUCGGAGCCCCAGAAGUUGAAAGAGCGCCCUUUCCCUUUCGACUUGGACGACGAAAGCAUCCGAACCUCAGACGUGUAACUGUGUGUGGUGUGGGAAAUGACCACUGUCCAAACAGAGGCUCGGGAAACUGGGAGGAACCACUAUAUAGCUAUGAACUUCGGAAGGGCAUGAAAUGAGAUCUUCUCAACUGCAGCAGGCUCAAUUUGAGGCUACGACCUAUCCGCUCUAUAAUGGUGCCACUCAUACAUACUUUUCCUUGAUCUAGAAGACCUUUCUAUCCCGAGACUUCUUGAAUAAGCAAAGACUUGUCCUCAAGCAUUGUGGUUUGUUCCACUGAGAUGCCUACAUGGAAGAAGAAUCCAUGCCACCAAAUUAGUUAAGAAAAUGCUAGUUAAGAGUGUUGCUUUCAUCUUUGUAGCUUGGUUCACGCACUGGAACCCUUUAAUGUUGAAUUGUAAUGUGCUUAGUUGCACCCCAGUUUUCAGGUCAUGGCACACAUGGAGGGACUGAGCUUUUUGAUAUGUUAAAGGGCUAGACGAAAUGACUUUUAAGGUACUUCUGACAAUGUGAUGUGAUAGAAACCUCAUAGAACCACUUACUCUCCUUCCAUAAUUUACUUCUGUAGCCCUUUUAGUAAGUAUUUUUGCAAGAGAGAGCCUUUUCUGCCUUGUGGGAGAGGUGGAAGACACAUAACCUCCGGGCAUGUGGAAAAGGUACUUAUUUUAUGGUAUAAAGAACCUGAAGAUGGCAUAAUAUUGCCAAAGGGAUUCAUUUAGAGUGGUAGCAAACCACCUUCUCCCCAGUUGUGUUGGAGUACAACUCCCAUCAUGUCCUGCUGAAUGAACAUAGUGAGAAUCGUUGUCCAAUAUAGUGGAGUCAGAUAUAGUUAGUAUGGAUGUUAAUAGAGACAGGGCAUUUGUAAAAAGGCAACUUUCUGGAUGUUUCAACUCUGAUUUGGAUACGUUCCACAUAGUACGAUUCCAGUGGUCUCUGCGAGCAUGAUAAUAGAUAGUGGAGGGAGGCUGAGCAAAUGUGAAAAGGAAAUCAAGCAUCUAUUGCAUAAACUAACCCCAGCACCUUAGAAGAGGGAGUAUUGUCUGCCUUGUUGAAAAAGAAUUACCAAAUUUGCAUUGAGUAGACUGAUGGGUCUCAAAGAUAAUAGUGAACAUGAGCUUCAAUCUCUGAGCAUUUCCUAUAUUUUCGAACAAUAUCAUUGCAGUCCGAACCAUCAUUGCUUUUUCAAAAUUUGCAACCGUAGUCAUAUUUUUUAAAAAACUAUUUUUAAACUGGCCAUUCCUUGUUUAGUGUAAUGCAGAUAUGUAUCCAAAUGCAUAAGGGACCCUUCAAAAUCUGAUGGACUUAUCUCGAUGCAGUGGCUUCCAGGUUCGAAUCCAACCCGGGGAGAGCACAGAUGAGCUCCCUCUAUCAGCUCCAGCUCCACGCAGGGACAUGAGAGAAGCCUUCCAUCAAAACAUCUGGGUGUCCCCUGGACAACGUCCUUGCAAACAGCCAAUUCUCUCACACCAGAAGCGACUUGCAGUUUCUCAAGUCGCUCCUGACAUAAAAAAAAUCUAUAUACCAGAACCACACCACAGCAUGGACUAUUUUGUUCAGCUAUGCAAAAAAAACUACAGUCUUAUAAACUGUGUGAAUCUCUGUGGUAAGAAAACCCUUUUUGUAUUAUAUUGCAACUGUUUCAGGAAUGCAAAAAGAAGAUGCGUUGCAAGGAAAGUAAGCACUGGCAUCAAAUAAGAUUGGUUUUAAAAAAUCAUGCCAGACAUUAACCUCAAAAAGCUUAUUGUUGAUAUGUGAAAGGAUAGGAUACAGAGAAUUCAAAGUAGUGUAUUUGCAGUCUAUAUCUCCUUAAAUCUGCCUUAAUAAACGCUCAGUUGCAUUCUGUAGAAAUACAGUGGGCCAUUGCUAUCCACUGAGGUUUAGGUCCAGGAUCCCCAAUGGAUACCGAAAUCUGUGGGUGCUCUAGUUGCAUUAUAUAUGACGGUUGAAUGAAAAGUAAUGCCUCCACCUUCGUAACUCCUCAACAGAAGGCAGUCCUGGUCUGCGGCAGGUCCUGGUUUGUUCAGUAGACUCUCCUCUACAGUUCCAUUUGGCGGGAAGCCUUAGCAUUGAACGGUUGUGUUGUUAAAGGGCGAAGUAUGGAACCCUGCACAGACGGUUGACCAAUGAGACUUAAGCAACGUGCAGUCAUUGAAUUCCUGACAGCAGAAGGUGUCACCCCAAAGGAGAUUCCUCAGAGAAUGCAAGCUGUUUAUGGGGAUUGUGUUGAAGUGAGUCCUGGGCGAGUAAGUUUAAAGAUGUCGAGGUGGGAACAUCUGACUUGUGUGACAAACAAAGAGUUGGACGUCCUGUGACAGCAACCACCGAGUUUCACAAGCAAAAGGUUGACAGAUUGAUUCAGGACGAUCGUCGUAUCACUCAGAGAGAAAUGUCAAGCAUAAUCGGCAUUUCACAAGAACGUGUGGGUCACAUUAUUGCUUUGCUUGGCUAUCGGAAGAUCUCUGCACGAUGGGUCCUGUGAGACACCGGUUGCGGAAACAGAGUGUCGACUUCUUCCGUGACAGCUUCAUAAAACUUGUUCAUAAUUGGCAGAAAUGUAUCCAAUUGUCUGGCGAUUAUGCGGAAAAAGUGAAUAGUGGUAGUUAAAGAGCACAUUCUAAGGAUUAUUUCUGCGUUUGAUUUAUUAAAAUAUUCCCAUCCAGACCCAAGUAACGAAGGUGGAGGCAUUACUUUUCAUUCAACCCUCGUACAAUUACAGAGUAAAGUGACAUCCCUUAUAUAAAAUAGCAAAAUCAAGGUUUGCCUUUGGGAUUUUGAAAAAUUAUUUUCAAGCCAUGGAUAGCUGAAUCCAUGGACGAUUGCGUGCUUGGCUACUGAACAAUAGUGACCACGUCAAAAGAAUGAAUGGAUUGCAAUCACUUCGUCUUUUGAUAUUUCGAAUGAGAAAUCCUUUAGUAUUACUUGUCUUUUCUCUUAGUUUUGUUACGAGACAGAGGGAAAUUGAGAUGACUCUUGCCUUGCACCUAUCCUGGUAUUUUUUUUCUUAUGGAUAGCUCAAGUCGGAAGUUAGUUGUCUCUGCGUCAAAACAAAACAAAAAGAAUAUGGAAAACACGGAGCGGGUUACUUUUGGGAGAUGAAUUCCCCAUAAUAUUCUGUGUUUGAGGGAGAACCACUGUAGCAUAAAAGCACCUUGUGUACAAAAAUUGUUAAAAGACAUUUGUGCCGGAAUUAGUGGAUCUUGCCGGAAAGGCUGAAAAUGCUGAAAAUGCACUGGACUCAAUCAAAUGAAAGUGGAACAACUUAACCUUUUCUUUUAGUUUGCAAAUGGAAAUGUAUAUUGAACCUGUGGUACGGCUUGUUUUUGAAAAUUGUCUUUGUUUGCACUAAUGUAUAGAGUAUUUUUAACACUGACCAGCUUAUUAAGUUUG